AUGGAGGAGGGGGCCCCGCAGGCACAGGAAGGAAGUUUCUGGCCGAGACAAGAUCGGAAACCUGCCCGACCCCAAGCUCUGGCGUCCACCGAACCGCCCGCCGUCCAUUACCCUGGGGACCCCGGCCCCGCAGCGCCCCCGGACAAGCCCAUCCCCCCACCCCUGGGCCAUGGCCUCCAGGGCACUGGCUGCCCCAGGACCCUUGGCCUCUCCACUGCCCUCAGUCUCUCCAGCACUGCCCAGUCCUUCACCUUCACAGAGACCCACACACCCAGACCACCGGUGCCCGGGACCCUGACGACCUGGGUCCCCAGCAGACCUCAGCCCCCUCAGACCCCGGCUCCAGGAGCCCCUGAGACCCGGAGUCCCCAGCUUCACAGACGCCAGCAUCACCCCGCCUCCAGCCCCCUCCCCGAGACCCAGGGCUUCCCAGACUUCAGCCCCCACACCACCCGGGGCCUCUACCCCAGGGCAUCCCUCGCCCUCUCUCAAACCCUGGACUCCACAGCCUUCAUCCCCGUCCCCAGUUCCCGGGGACCCCCCGCUGACCCCGGACCCCCGGCCCUCGCAGACCUCAAUCCACCCAGAGGCUGCGACCCUCAGAGACCCCGAACCCCUACAGUCCCAGAGCCCCUAAGCCCUUGCAGACCCCGGAGCCCCCGUCCCCCAGAACCCUGGCCCUACCAGACCCUGUCCCCCCGGACACACCGACCCUCGCAGACCCCAGACCCCCAUCCUCUCAGAGCCCCCAGCCCUCCCAACCCCUUCUCCCCGGAGAUCCCGACCCUCGCAGACCCCGGACCCCAGAGACCCCAUCCCCCAGAGCCCCCAGCCCUCACAGACCCGGGGCCCCCAGCCCUCACAGACCCUGGACUCCCCAAGCCCCCAGCCCCCGUCCCCCUAGAGCCCCCGGCCCUCACAGACCCCGUCCCCCCAGAGAACCGGACCCUCGCAGACCCCGGACCCCCAUCCCCUCAGAGCCCCCAGCCCUCAGAGACCCCUUCCCCCCGGGACCCCCGACCCUCGCAGACCCCGGACCUCAGAGACCCCGUCCCCACAGAGCCCCUGGCCCUGGCAGACCCCAGAGCACCCAUCCCCCCAGCCCUCGCAGACCCGAGGCUGAGACCCUCAGAGACCCCAGACCCCAGAGUCCCUGAGCCCCUAAAGUCCCCAGCCCUCACAGACAGGGACCCCAAAAGACCCCGUCCCCCCAGAGCCCCUGGCCCUCGGAGACCCCGGACCCCCCGUCCCCCCAAAGCACCCGACCCUCACAGACCCCGGAACCCCGGGACCCCAACCCUCACAGACCCCGUCCCCCCAGAGCCCCCGGCUCUCGCAGACCCUGGACCCCCGGCCCUCACAGACCCCGUCCCCCCAGAGCCCCCGGCCCUCGCAGACCCUGGACCCCCGGAGCCCCCAGCCCUCACAGACCCCAGAGACCCCGGCCCUCUCAGACCCCGGACCCCCGGAGUCCCGUCCCCCCAGAGCUCCCGGCUCCUACAGAUCCCGUCCCCCCGGAGCCCCCGGCCCUCGCAGACCCCGGACCCCUGGAGCCCCCGGCCCUCACAGACCCCGGACCCCCGGACCCCGAAGACCACGGCCCGCCGGACCCCCCGGCCCGGCUCGCGGAAGAGGGUGGUCGCAGGUCGUCGCUUACCGGCGCGGGGCUCCGCUUGCGCCCCCGGCCGCCGCCGCCCAGGCCCGAGCUCACCGCCGUCCCCCGACGACCCCGGCAGCCGCGGCCUCUCUGCCCGGCGCCGCCACCGUCCGCCGGAGGCGCCCCAGACGCCACCCGCCGUCGCCGCCGCCCGCCCGCCCCUGUGA